AUGUCGUUCCACUCAGCUUCCCCGGAAGGGUUGAACAACUCAUCCACCAGUGAUAAUUCUCCGAACACCGUGCAACAUAAUAUCCCCGCCACCGCCCCGCGCCCGUCAACCGACUACUCCACUUCGCGAAGCUGUGUAACAUGUCGUCGUCGCAAGGUUCGCUGUAACAAGCGCUCGCCUUGUUCCAAUUGUGUGAAGGCUGGUACCGACUGUAUCUUUCCUCCGCCUGGUCGGGCUCCGCGCAAAUCGAAGCGCCCGCCCGAUGCGGAGCUUCUGUCCCGGCUGCGACGGCUGGAGGGUGUCAUUGAGCAUUUGAGUGGGAAGAACGGCGAGACGGGUUCAAAUUCUAGUCUGUCGCCGACUCAGAUUCUUAAUUCUACUUUUCCGAGUGCGCCUCAAACCAAUACUACUAAUACGACGACAUCACCACCACCACAAUUUUCUCAUCUCCCUACAACUACAAAUACAAAUACAGACCCGGCUUCCUCGGCGGAUGCUAAAGCUCAGAAUGGCGUUUGCCCCUUUGAAGAUAGUGAUCCUAAGAAACUUGCACCGCGCAAAUUUGAAAAUGAGUUUGGAAGACUGGUGAUUGAUGAGGGCCGCAGUCGCUAUGUGAGCAAUCGGUUAUGGGCCAGUCUUGGGGACGAGGUCGAAGAACUGCAAGAUAUUUUGGAUCACUCCUCGUCCGAGGAAGAAGAUAUUCCAUCUCCUGAGUCCUCCCACUCGGGCUCUCACGAUGGAUUCCUUUUCGGAUACUACUCCCUAGCACAUUCUCUACGAGAGUUCCACCCACCACUCCCAAAGGUCUCAAAAUUCUGGGAAAUUUACAAGGAGAAUGUUGCACCUUUAAUUACCAUUCUCCACAAGCCGACUGCUAGGAAUCUUUUAGUCGAAGCCGCACAGCACCCCGAGGCCCUGGAUAAAAACUCAGAAGCUUUGGUGUUCGCCAUCUAUCUGUCUGCUAUUGUCAGCUUGAAACCCGAUGAGUGCCUUGAGAAGCUUGGAGAAGAUCGAAAGGCGGCAGUCAAACGUUAUCGAUUCGCUGUGGAACAGGCGCUGUCGAAAGCAGGCUUCCUCAACACUCAAAGCUUGGUACUUCUACAGGCCGCCGUGCUUUUCUUAGUUUGUGUCCGCCGAGAGGAUGAUUCGAAGUUUGUUUGGUCUAUGGAUGCUAUCGUUCUUCGACUUGCACAAGGUCUUGGUAUUCACCGCGAUGGAACUAAUUUUGCGCUGAAACCAUUCGAAACGGAGAUGCGCCGUCGGCUUUGGUGGCAUAUAUGUCUCAUGGAUAUCCGAUCCUCUGAGGAUCAUGGAACUGAUCCGCUCAUUCACGAGAGCAUGUAUGAUGCGCGAGUACCAUUGAAUGUGAAUGAUGAUGACAUCUAUCCUGAAAUGACCGAGGCACCAGUGGAGAAAGAAGGAUGCACCGACAUGACAUUCUGUCUCAUUCGCUGUGAAAUCACAAGUGCGCUGAGACGGGCAAACUAUACCUGUCCUGGCAGCCGAUUCAGGAUGGGUGAAUCCGCUCCAUCCACCGAGCGUUGUGAACGGAUGAUUGAGAUCAUCAGUAACCGGGUAGAGGAACGAUACAUUAAGCAUUGUGAUAUGGAUAUUCCUAUCCACUGGGCAGCUGCAACAGUUGGGAGGCUCAUUCUUGCCAAGCUGUGGCUAAUUGUGCAUCAUCCUAUGACCCGGAAAGAUCGCGCCACAAACGUAUCUCAAGCAACUCGCGAGAGUCUAUUCCUCACCGCUAUCGAAGUUCUUGAGUUCGGUCGACUUCUCGAAGCAGACCCCAAAACAGCUAAAUGGGGCUGGCUGUUCAGGACCAACAUGCAAUGGCACGGAGUCGCCUUCAUCUUAUCCGAAGUAUGUGUCCGACCAAUUUGCCCCAUUACAGAUCGAGCUUGGAAUGCCAUCAAGUCCAUGUAUUCGGACUGGAAAGCUCAAUCAACUCACAAAAAAGGCAUGCUCUGGCGUCCACUCGAUGCCUUGAUGAAACGUGCUGCCGCUACUCGAGCCAAACAGCAACAGGAACUGCGGCAAGACUUCGGAGUAAACCCACCCUCCCUCAAUAGGUCUAUACCUGAUUUCGCAACGACACACCACCACACUCUCCCACAAAUUCAUAUGCCCUUACAAUCCCAGACUGUAACAUCUGGUCGAAUCAAUAAUAUCCCGGUCGCUGAUACUCCUGCUAAUAUUGAUCUCAGCGUUGGUCCAUGGGAUGCUUUGCAAGGCAUCUUCCAUGACACAAAUAUUCUGGCUCCUAUUUCCAUGGAAAAUUCCCAAAUGGCCUAUCCCUCUACAAAUUCGCUUCCAUCGGGGGUAUCAUUCAAUUUUAAUACUACUCCUUCGAUGAAUAAUCCUUUCAUGACCCAAGAAAACCUUUCCGACAACUCUCCACUGAGCUGGGAAGAAUGGGACAAAGUCAUGCGAGACUUCCAAAUGGACGUUGAAAAUGAUAAUUCUGCAGCUGGAAAUGUCUCUAGUGUUACGGAAUGGUUUGCUUAA